UUGUGGGGGAAAUGAUCGGCGGACCGUGAAGCGUAACAGCAAGAAGAGGGACAAAGACGCACAUAGCGGGACAAAAUGCGACAGACAGAAACCUCUUCCAACUACAAACAAAAUCCAACAACAUCGGAAUGCGUGGAUGGAUGUUAAAAGUAGUAGAGCUGGGAAAAGGAGUGGAAACCAACAAUGGCAAGAAAGAUGAGUUCAAGUGUACAAACUGAGUUGUGGACAAUAGCUGGUUAGAGUGCGCGUUUCAGUAUCCACCUCAAAUUCUGCACCGGAGGCAGGGAGCAGACACUUUGGAGUACGGUUUCCCACUUUUGAACGGACAUGCUUCCCGGAAUGACUGAUACGGAGCUGUUUCUCUUUUUUUUGCAGCCACACAUGCUGAUUUCCCCAAAUCAGAUCCUGACUUCAACUGUUGCAAAGCUCACCAGGAGGAGGCAAAGUUAAGUUACGUGCAAGUUCGGGGAUAAUUCAUUACGGACCAAGUGUAUUUUCUUUCACUGCGUUGCUAAUUAACUGUUUGGUUGUUGCAACAACAACAAAAAACCGCAUGGAUGGAAUACUUAUGAACUCCAGUCUGUGAGAUUCUGUGUGUACCUACAGUGUCCUGAUCCUAAUGUGCUGGUGGAGAAAGUGCACGUCACCGAACUAGAACUCCAUCCAAGCAUGAAAUGUUGGUGGAGCGCCCUGGCACUUCUCCCAUGGGUGCUGGUGGCCUUAGAUGCCCAGCUAAUCUGCUGGCAGGCGCUCCUUCGGUGCCACGAGGAGCCCGAGUGCGAUCUUGCAUACGGUCAAUACACAGCAGCCUGUGAAGGUAACAUCAGAGGAACGAGGAGGCAGUGUCCGAGCCACUGCAUCAACGCGCUGAUACGGCUGAAUCACACCCGCAGCGGGCCAGACCUGGAGACCUGCGACUGCGCCCAGGACCUGGCGUGCCUCGGCACCAAGCGAGCCAUAGAGCCGUGCCUCCCCCGUAGACACCCGAGCGAUGCCGGGGGGAUAGGGUGCAUGGAGGCCCGGCAGCGCUGCGAGGAAGACAGCAACUGCCACACCUCCCUCACGGCCUACUUGUCAUACUGCGGGCAGCUGUUCAAUGGCAGGAAGUGCUCCUCCAAGUGUAAAGCCACCAUUCAGCAGAUGCUGUUCAUCCCAAAUGGCAUGCUGCUGAACCGCUGUGUUUGCGAUGGGGUGGAGAGGCCUUUCUGUGAAGUGGUUAAGGAGAACAUGAGCAAACUUUGCGCCAUAGGAGACCACAUUGUUAUUUCAGACCAGGCUGAUGUGGAUGACAUCUAUGAGGAUGAAGACUAUGACCCUAAAAAUGACAGAGAGGAGGCGUAUUCUGAUCAUUCCUCUGCUUCCCAGAGGUUGCCCAGCUGCAUGACGCUCCCGUUUCUUCUUCUAGCACGGAUAUUGUACUGAGAAAAUGGAUUGAAACAUUUCUUGGAUUUACACUUGUGGAAAAAAAAUAAUUCUCCGUUCAUUUGAUCCCUCCAGAAAGCCGAGAGUCCAGCUAUAGUUGGUAGGAGUUCAGCAUGGCUUGCUGGCACAGGACUCAAACACAGGUCUGCUGGAUAAAGGAAGCUAUUUUUUCACCUCCGGGCCUCCCUGCCAUUCCAUUUUAGUUGCAGGGCUACAGUGAGCACAGUAGUGAUUUGUGUAUGCUUUCCACAACCGUACAAUUUGCAUAGUAAUUCUUCUUCCAGCACAUCUCACUCAGGAAAACUGCUUAAAAAAAGUGUUAUUCAAACUUUUACAUAAAUGGCCAUACAGUGCUCUGAGUGAACUUCUCACUGUUUUUGCCAAGUUGAAGCCUGUUGACAAAGCCACUUUCAGGUGAUGAUGAGAGGAAGUGAACCACAACAGACUUUGUUGCAAGGCAUUGCCAAGUUAAGUGCCUUUAAACAGCUCCUGUUUGUUUGGUUUCAAUGGUACUUGGAGUGUGGCUUUAUUAAGACCUUAGACAAACAUUGGACCCAUCCAGUUUCUGUUUGCUCUGCUCUCCAUUUCAGGGGCCUCUGCAUUGUUGCAGCAACCACACUUCAAAUAUUUGUGGGAACAGUCAAAGUGCAGGCAAGGGAGUGGGAUCAAGUACUGAAAUUAACUGAAGCGCCUCUCCAGCACUCUGUCUGGGGCCCCUCCCCCAUAGGAGAUUGUUUUAUUGAACUUUUCCUGAGACCCCCCUACCCCCUCUUCCUCCUCUCUACUGCCUGACCCCUUUCACGCCUUUAAAAAGACCCCCUGUCUUUUAUUACUGCUUUCACACUGAAGCAACAAGCCAGGGAAAGCGAUCUGUCGCGAAUAGGUCAACUUAUAUCUGGAGUUUGUUCACAACACUGCUCAAGAUAAUUGGUUCAGCUGGUUUGACACUGCUUGGCCUUGUUAUAUAUGGGCGAAUACCAUUUUAAACAAACUGUGGGAUUCAACCGGAAGUUGUUGCAAUACGCUUUUUUUGAGCUCAUCAAACUAAAAAAGUACAUUUUAUGGACAUGAAAACUACUUUGCCUUAAUAAAUCUCAAGUGGAGCAACACUGCAGCAGCAGCCCAACACACAGUGGAUAUAGCAGUAGUUACAACAGGAACAACAAUGUCUUCACUCAUAAGUAGGAGUCUGGUAUGAACAGUCAAACUUGGGUUGAAUGUAUAUUAAUUACUUUGUGUCACAGUGUUUGGUGUGUUGCUAACUAAACAAGAGGUUGACUAGGCUUAAUGUAGAGCGCUUUUAUAAUGCAGGAUUGUCACUAAGUACUUUCUAAAGAAAUGCACAAAUACAGAUGAAACUCCAACUAAUUGAAAAGACAGAUUGAGCUCAGUUCCCUACUAGUUCAUUGUGCUUUGAAGGCUUUUAUUUUGUGCGUUUUGAGAUUGAGUAUUUCAGAACAAUUAAUCACAUUUGUUUUCGUAGUUGCUUUGUACGGCUACUGAGCAGCUAACAGGGCUAAUGUUACCUGUUCCAAGGUCCCCACCGAUGCUCCAGGGAUUCGAACCAGCAGUCUUUAAGUCUCACUUCUUUCGUCCACUAUUCCACAUUAAGCGGUUCAGCGAAAAGGGAAAGUAAAAAGCUGUAUUGAUCAUCUGUAACAAAGCUGCCAAUUUGUCUUUGCCAUUUGAAAUUAUGUCAAAACUAGUCUUGAAAAAUGUUGCUAAAUGUUAAAUUAUGAAGCUAGAAUAUGAAGAAUGUGUACAUAUUUUACAAUUAUAUGCAGUAAAAUAAGCCAGUGUCUUCCCACAUUCACUUACGUACAUUCAAUCCAAUAGAAACACACAAACGUAGCUCAGAUUUUGUGCACACAAAACUUGACAUGAUUUAUAGAGUUUUCAGUUUUUCAUCUCAUCUUGUGGGAACAUAGCAGUUCACACUUCAGAACAGUGUCUUGCA